CGCAGGCCAGGAGGACGCGGAAGUGACGUUGGUCAGCGCGGCGAGGCUGCAACCGCCGGGCAGGGCUGCUGUGUAGACGCCGGGCGCUGGCGUGUCGGGAUCCGCUCCGCACGAAGCCGAGCCGUCUCCUUUGGAAGAAUGGAAGCGGACGCGUCUGUGGACAUGUUUUCCAAAGUCCUGGAGAACCAGUUGCUUCAGAGCACCAAACUGGUGGAAGAACAUCUGGAUGCCGAGAUUCAGAAGCUGGACCAGAUGGACGAGGAUGACCUGGAGCGGCUCAAGGAGAAGAGACUCGAGGCGCUGCGCAAAGCUCAGCAGCAGAAACAAGAAUGGCUCUCUAAAGGACACGGGGAAUACAGAGAAAUUCCCAGUGAGAGAGACUUUUUUCAAGAAGUCAAGGAGAGUAAAAACGUGGUUUGCCAUUUCUACAGAGAUUCUACAUUCAGGUGUAAAAUACUCGACAGACAUCUGGUGAUACUGUCCAAGAAACAUCUUGAGACAAAGUUUCUGAAGCUGAAUGUGGAGAAAGCACCUUUCCUUUGUGAGAGACUGCGCAUCAAAGUCAUUCCCACACUGGCACUGGUGAAGGACGGGAAGACGAAAGAUUAUGUUGUCGGAUUUACGGACCUAGGAAAUUCAGAUGACUUCACCACAGAAACUUUGGAGUGGAGGCUUGGGUGCUCUGAUAUUAUUAACUACAGUGGAAACUUAAUGGAGCCACCGUUUCAGAACCAAAAGAAAUUCGGAACAAACUUCACAAAGGUGGAAAAGAAAACUAUCCGAGGUGGAAAGAAAUACGAUUCAGACUCUGAUGAUGACUAGAGCUCAGUAGUCUUUGUAAAUUGUUGUUUUAUUUCUACUUACUUUUUUAAUGUGUUUUUAAACUUC